CUAGUAGAGUAGGCUAAAUUAACGUUAAUUAGUACUAAUUAGUCAAUAACCGGAAGAAAAGAACAAAAAUUUUUACAUAUUUUCUCGUCGUAAAUAUUCUCCACACAUUUCUCUAUCGAUCUAGGCAAGAACCAACCUUUUGUGAUGAAUGGAGAAUGGACAGGAAUUUUUUUUGUAAUAACCUCGUGCUCAAAAAUUUAACAACAUUUUUUUAAGUAAUUAAUUUUUUUCUCAGCCAAAUAACGUCAGUAAGCCGAAAAAACUUCAGGACAUAUACUUCGAAGUAUCCUCUACAAACUGGGAACGCUAGAGAAAAAUCUAAAUGGGGGGACCCCCCUUAAAGUGGCCUUUUUCACCCUAAGGAAAAGGCUUUUCAAAAUUAUUUUUUUUGCCAAAAUGUGACUCUCUCAUUCUCCUUCAAAAUGAGAUAUUGGCAGACUUUCUACCAUUUGUCUGUGAAGAGAAACGAAUUUUAGAAAAAUCGUAGGAAGACUUUUAGACACUAAAACUAUAGUCGUCCUACUUGUUGAUCCUAUAACUCCGCCAAAAAAGAAAUUUUUGAGUAUACAGAAGAGCUAUCGACCUUUCAUUUGGUAUAUUUGAAAUCAGAAACAGGUUUAUAGUAACAGAUGUAAUAGAAACAUUCAUUGUAUGAACAGUUUUGCAGUGUAGUGUAAUCUUAAGAUGAUAGAAAGAAAACAACGACCUCCUGCUUGUCUGUUUUUAUACAUGGAAUAUGUUUUCUCAUCGGUAGGUCUUCCUCGCCACCAAGUUUGCCAACGUCAUCUCUGCGGAUCGCAAGUUCUCCGUCCGAGGCGAUGCUCAAUACGUUCGUGAGGCGAGUGCCAAAAGCUUCACGCGUCUCGGACUCGACUCGGUUGAUCUCUAUUAUGUGCAUCGCAUUGACAAGACCGUGCCGAUCGAGGAGACAAUGGGUGUGUUGAAAGAACUCGUUCAGGCUGGCAAGAUCAAGCACAUCGGCCUGUCUGAAUGUUCAAGUGACACGCUUCGACGAGCCCACGCCGUCCAUCCAGUCGCGGCGGUGCAAAUCGAAUAUUCACCCUUUAGCAUGGAAAUCGAGCAUGAAGAAAUCGGUCUUCUGAAAACGUGCCGGGAACUCGGCGUGGCGAUCGUCUGCUAUUCGCCGUUGGGUCGUGGCAUACUCACCGGACAAAUCAAGAGUCCUGACGAUCUUGAAGAGGGCGAUUUCCGAAAGCAUAUACCGCGUUUCUCCAAGGAAAACUUUGCCAAGAAUCUCCAGUUGGUCGAAACGUUGACGGCGAUAGCCAAGAAAAAGAGCUGCACCCCCGGUCAACUUACACUGGCCUGGAUCCUUGCUCAAGGCGAGGAUUUCAUCCCGAUACCGGGCACGACGAAGAUCAAGAACUUGGAAGAGAACGUCGCUGCGGCACAGAUCAAGCUGAGCAAGGAGGAAGUGGAAGAAAUUCGCAAGGCUUGCGAGCAAGCCGAUACAGCAGGCGCACGGUAUCCGGAGGCGAUGAGCGCGAAUCUGUUUGCCGAUUCUGCGCCGAAGAAGAACUAGAUUGA